AUGGAGGAUUUAAAAUCAAUAUGUGAAGUUGAACAAAAUUCUUUCUGUGUGGAAUUACUCAAGCGACUCAACUUGCAACGAAACCAGAAUUAUUUGUGCGACAUAACCUUGGUGGCGAAAGAAGGAAACGAGUUCAGGGCCCAAAAGAAUGUGCUGUCGGCGGCGAGUCCGUUCUUCGUGAAACUUCUUCAGAGCGAGAUGAGAGAGAAGGACGAAGGAGUGAUUAGGUUCGAGGACAUCUCAGGGUUGAUCCUUGCAGAUGUUUUGGAGUUUAUCUACACAGGAAUUGUCGAGAUAAAUGAAACGAAUGCCACUGAUCUGAUUACUGCGGCGGAAUAUUUACUCACUGAAGGGUUGAAAACCAAAUCAGGGCGCUUUCUUGAGCAACAAAUGACUAGCUCAAAUUGUAUUUCAACUUUUCGCUCCGCUGAGAAGUAUCGAUGUGAAGAAUUAGUUGCUAAUAGUACAAAGUUCAUACUCGACAACUUCGCCUCCGUAGCAGAAUCAGAGGAAUUCUUAAACCAAAAGGCGGAAGAGGUUGAGAAUUGGAUUUCAAAUGACGAGAUUCGUUUAGCAGCUGAAGAAGACGUCCUCAGAAUCGUACUGAAUUGGAUUGAACACGACAAAAGCGAGCGAAAAAGUAAGUUCAAAAUGCUUUUUGAGCAAGUUCGACUAGUUUUACUAUCGCGUGACUCUUUGCUGACUGUCGUUACGCACGAACUGGUUCGAGAGGACCCUGAUUGUUUGACGAAAGUAUUGGACGCCAUAGAUGUAGUUCGUACCGCAAGCGAGGAUAAUAAAAAUGAAUCACCAAGGAAAAGGCUUGAGACACACGCUGUUGUGGUCGGCGGAGGGAAUCAUUUUUUCUGUCACCUUCCAGAGAAAGACGCUUGGAAAUCUUUGUCCUAUCUCGCAGAGCAGCAAAAUAAAAUCAGCCUGAACACGACGAUGAUAAACUUUCAUGACCAGUUGUAUACCUUUCAGGGCUGUCAAUUUCAAAAAUAUGACCCUGUUUUUAACAUUUGGACGACCUUGGACAUGGAUAGUUCCUAUAGUAUAAAAUAUGUGGGUGUUUGCCGAGGGCAAAUCUAUGCCAUACACAUUGAUAAUAGUGAAACUACUGGUAAAACAUCCACUGUGAAAAACUUUAAUGUGGAAUCGUACUCAUGGCAGACUGUUCACUCCUCCAAUUUAGGCUGCAGGUAUGACUCUUGUAUUGUUGCAGCUGGGAACUGUCUUUAUGUCUUAGGUGGAGAAGCAACGAAAAGUUAUUUAAACCCAGAGUAUGUUACAGUGUCUGAAAGAUUCGACACUAUUGGACAUCAAUGGGAGCAAAUUGCAAGUAUGCAUGAGCAUGAAAGAGGCUAUGCAUUUGGUGUAGCUUUUCACGGCCAAAUUUUUGUCGCAGGAGGGAAGGACAGGAGCGGACAAGUUCUUCGUAGUUGUGAGGUGUACAACAUCUCCACGAAUGAAUGGCAGUCCAUUGAAAGCUUAAAUGUUGGACGUGUGUCUGGGAGCAUGGUGAGUGUAAAUGGAACAAUUUAUGUGUUAGGUGGUUCCCGUUAUCCAGGACAGAAGGAAUACACAGUUGAAGUCUAUGAUCCAGUGGGGAACAAGUGGAACCAAAAGACAACCAUACCGGUACAAAGAAUCCCUGAAAAACAAAGGUCAGCAUUUAAAGGCUGUGCACUGAAACUCUCCAGAGGAGUCCUUGGUAAAAUAAAAUAGCUAUGAUAAUUAGCUAUGAAGAAUUCAAGAAACAUGUAUUCAACAGACACGAAAUUACUCAGUGCACAAAGAAAACUCUUAAUUAAUUUGUUGAUAAAAAAUGAGAAAACUGUAAGAAAAACUAAUUAGCUAACAGCAAUUGUAGCGUUUAACAAGAUUUUAAGUUCGUUAGUAACUUAGAAUAUCAUAAUGUCGCCUCAAAGAACUGUCAGCAGUAGGACCCGAAUCGUGAUAGACAAUUUUUCUUAUGGAGAGGGUCGACCGUAGAUGUAAAGUAGAUGGUAAGCAACUUCAACUGUCAAGCGUUUCAGAAAAUGUUCUCUUAUAAAAGGCCUCCAUUUCACGGCAUUGAUCCUUUUCACAGUAGAGACGGAGUGAAUACGGCCAUUUUCAGUAACCCGUGAUGCUAUUACAUACGCCUUUAAUAUGGGAAUUUUUAAAAAGCAGAGCACUCCAUGUGUUAUUUUGAUUGAUUCUAAAUACUUUGCAAGUAAAAAGUUCUUUAAAAAGUUAGUAUUUUUAUCGCUCUAAAAAGGGCGAGAGCAAUACUGCAAUGCUGAUUUUAUAUAGUUAGUUAAAUAUUCAGCACCUAAUUAUCCUUCGCUCCAGUACUGACGUCAUGAAAAGAGAUGCACUUCUCUGAUCAUCAUACUCCGCAACAGUUGCCAGUGCCUGCGUCGCAGACGCUCUAAACCUUCUAUCAUUCUCGUCCCCAGAGCCACUCGGCUUACUACCACGUGACCAAGAAACGACGGGCUCUGGGGACGAGAAUGAACCUUCUAUAUACAAAUGGUUUAGACGAGUGCGUGGCCCGGCUGCAACGCGGGCUACGCAACAGGUAACCAACUAGGAGUUGUAUCAUAGUAAGAUCUCAUUUUUUCGAUUUAUUCACCAACCAUGUUGACAAUACUAUGAAUUUUUCCAAAUUUACGACUUCAACCAUUUAAAAUACGUGGUUUAUUUUAGUUCAUUUUGUCCAUUUGCGUGUCAGAUUUUAACUAAUUGUAUGCCCUUUCAGGUUUGAUUUUCUAUUUUCUCUUCUUUUAAUUCCGACACUAUAUAUAUUGCUCCUAUAAACUAAUAAUCAAUAUACGUUCAUGUUUUAGUAGGUAUGUGUGCAAAAUAAAGAAUUUAAAAAGCUUCACGAGAGAAUCUCAGUAAAGGAUAGCAUAUUUUUAAUCAAAUUAAACAAACUUUAACAAUUUUUGACCUGCAUUAAGUCCUCAGAAAUUACUAGCAGGAGUUCAGCACGCGGUCUCGAAAGAGCUAGAAAACCUCCUGGUCUGAUGAGAGUUUUCAAGAAAAGGUCCCACAGUCGAACCGUCUCUUUUAGACAUGGAACCCAUCAGUGAAACUCCCAUCAGUCUUCGUUUUGUGUGGAACUGAUGAAACGACUCAACAUGUAGAGCUUUUUCAGAGAAAUAGAUGUGGAUGAAAGCUUUUUUGGAUAUUAACAAAUUUUCUUCAAACCUAGUUUUCGUAUUUCAUGUGAAUGUCGGGAAAAAUCUUAGAGUUUCUCCCCAAAUACCAGAUUUCCCCAGAUAAGAAAAAACACUAUGGUGUUUGUUUUUUUACCCCUGGUAAAAGAGUAAUUCAGGCUCACACAAAUGGUUGUGACACAGAAAAAUGAGUGAAUACACUCUUUUGUACUUGUACGCUUCAUAAGUUGGUCUCGUCUCCCUCGCAGCGGUUUUGGUCUUGUCGCCCAACGCUCCUCUGGGCGCAUUUCCAAACAUUUGACGUAAACUUAGAACUUUUUUAUUGUAUGAGACGUCUUGGUUAGACGUCCUAAUACCGAGAAUUAGGGAGAUAACCGCUUUUUGUUACUGUCCUAAAGUGAUGCAUGUGAUAGUAUGGUAACCGACAGUAUAGUAAAAUAUGCUAGCUUGAAAAUUUUGCUGCUUUUGGAAACCUUUAGUAUUUUGUCAGUCUGAUUUACAUAGAAGCGGUGUCCUAACUGACGUCUGGUGGCAUGUCUGUCCAGAUUACGAGAAAUGCCCAUACUAAAAACGGGGUUGGUAGAUAUACAUGCGAAUCCUUGCUGACGAGAUUAUUAACAUCUGGUUUUAUGAAAGCACGAAGAAAAGACAUCGUGGUUAUUAUAUUGUCCUUUAGAAGAAUUGACUUUAGAAGUUGGAUCAUAAUGUUCUUGGAAACUGUCCAACUACCCCUCCCCUACUACCCCUCCCCUGACCACAUUAGUCAAAGUUCAUUGAAAUAAUUUGAUAACUGCACGAAGCAGUAGUUGCCUGGCAACCUAUAGAAGAUCAUCAAUGACCACUAGGGCCGGGGUUCCCAGUACUUAAUAAGAGCAUCCAACGAAGUUUCUGACUUCGAUUUCCCAGCUGCAACUCGGGAUUUUUUAUCGGAGUUCUUCUCUCCACAACUCUCUACACAUAUUCAUUCUAUUCUAACUCUCAUCCAAAACAUUCUACGGAUCACCCUCUCCUGAGCUUAACAAGGUUUACCGGUACACGUAUUCCUGUUUUCAGGUAGAAUAAUACCUGGUCAGAUUUUGAACAGCUAACGCUGGUUUUAAAGCCUUAUAAGGGAAUAAUAAUCACGUUCAGAUGAUGAGGCAGAAGUGAUCACAAUGCUUCGCCUAUUUAACGUUCCAUGCCUGUCCACUGGUGAAUCCAACUCUCACUCCCCCACACAGCCUUACAACCGAAUCAGCCUAUGAUGGCGUCUAUUUUCACCGGCAAGGCCUAAAUGUGAGUUGUGUUCUUUGCAAAAGUCCCAUUUACUUGAGACGAAAUAUUAACAAGUUGUUCUUGUAGUUUCCUGACUUAACGAACCAACUGUCCCAGUUUGACUUCAAUAUCUUUGAAGUUUCCUUUGCCGGGGUUCGACUGAACCUUGACAUCCUUCAAUUCAAUCCUAUCUACAAGAGAAAUAGUCAUUACACUCACUCACGAAAAAUAAGCUACCCAGGAGACUGUAAAUUCUGCUGCGAAGUACAACGCAAAUUAAUUCCUCCUUUCCUUUCCCUUCAAACAGCUGCCCCGUAGGCUAUCUGGAGAAUGGUUACAAUGUAGCAGUGUUAACAAUUAACAAAUAUAAUCGCUCGUUUCAUCCCAUCUAAGUAAAAAGAUUUACCCGAUUCUGAAAAUGAAAGCUUUCGCAGAGAGCUUAUCCUGUAAAUUCGGGCGGGAAGAGAGGCUUCCUCACCGAAACCCUGCACUCUAUUUCACACUAAAAUAUGGAAUUUCCAUCAUGUCUUCUUUAUUUCACACCUCAACAGCUGUUCUCAAGAGAUCGUUGCGAUCAUGUUUACACCAGGGGUCAAUUUAAUAAAACUUUUACUGUAAUUUACAAGUGUGGCUAUUGUUUUCAGACUUUAAAAAAAUGGCUACACUUGUAAAUUACCCUUGUAAAAGUUUUAUUAAAUUGGCCCCUCAGGUUUAACUUUAAGUAUUGACUUUAGUGAGAGGCUUUUUUCCUAAAACCAGAACUACAGACUAUGAUAUUAUCAAAAAACCGAAUUAUCUGACAAAUUUGUUGAAAUAGUGUUGUUUCACGCAUAGUCACUAAAUUGAUAUGUUAACUAGCAACAGCCUUAAUCAAUCCGAGUUUAAUAUAAUUAAUCAAAAGCAACUGAUUCGAUUUGACAGCGCAUAUUAGCUUGCUGAGCUAGCCAAGGAAUAGCUGAGUACAGAUUUGUUGUAUGUUGUGUAUUUGCUGGUUUCGUUUGUUUCAUUCAUUCUUUAUUUGCCAUGUAUACAAAAAUUUUACAAUGCAAGGUUGGAAUAAUAAGAUUAAAGAAAAAGUAAAUGUCGUGUCCUCUACUGACUACCAAAAAACAAAUACAAUUUCAAGGAUUAGAUGCCUAUUUUUAAAGCAUUAUAGACUUUUGUCACGCGGCGGCCAUUUUGUCUCAGGAGAUUUAAAAAGCUUUGUAUAGAGAACGAGGCUAGCCGUGCAUAAGUAAAGCUUUUUCAAUCUCCUGAGACAAAUGGCCGCAGCCUGACAAAGGUCUAUUCAGUAGAGUAUCUGAUACGUUAUCUAACGGUUGUGUCAGCAACCUAGGAAAUCUUCAAUACAGCCGAACACGUGACUUUCACGGCUACCUCCCAAAAAGUCUCUAGGGACCUUAUAUCCCUGGCCAAUGCUAUGGCUACCUUUACAAUACACUCUUGAAGGGGAAGAUACAAAUCCCGUUUUCGCAGCUUUCUGUAAAAAGUUGUUGCUGUUGUUAAGUGUGUGGUCGCACUAACCACAUGUGUAUGCACUUUCGAAAGGCCUGCAAGUAAACGAGUGAAAUCCCUUUCUUUUGAAAAAUCGCAAAUGCUUUCCUGGAUGACCCUGCGAAUACAGACACCUCUCACCACAGGCUACCCAUAGUAGACAUUCGGAUAUGAAUAACCAAAUAUACAAACACUUCUGGAAUUAACAGACUUGAGUCUUCUCCGGUCCGUAUGAUACCAUAUCGUGCACUUCACUUCUGGCUUUGGCUUGUUCGUGGGUACUCCGGGCAAACUAUUUAGCGUAGAACAAACAAGUGGGAGGCAACCAGUUAGUUAUUCGUUUUAGUCUAUAUUGCCUUUUGACUGCUGUACCUAUGAUCGUAUGUACGUACAUGUAUGAUCACGAUAAAUCCGGCGAUACGAAAUAGUCAGUUUGGGAAUUAUUGCUUACCUAAGGUUCGUGAUUACUGUCAAUUGAACAGUUCAGUUUGUGUUCAAGGUUCAGUUUCCGUUGCAGUUGACGUAGCCAGGCAUGUAAAGUCGACCACUCCUUCCACUUUCGUAUGGUCUAAAAAGACUAGCCUGACUGUUUAGGGGCUGUUGGGUGCUCAAAUACUCGCUUGAGGGUUUUUUUUUGUUUGUUUGUUUUGUUGGUACUGCUGACGUCAGUGAGUGUUGUAUGUCAUCAGCAAAAAGACACAUUCAACUCUCUCUAGGACGGACACCUCUGGGAACGGCACUGUGUCGGUCUUCAUAAGGGAUGUUGUCCAACAGGAUCGCUGCCCUCUGGGGACGAGAACAAUUAUCGAAACGACAUUUCGUGCUCGUACAAGUCAUACCGUUUUUCAUUCCAAAUGAAAUUCUCUUGUUGCGACGGAGUUUCAUUCUAGUAUCAUGUUAACUGAAAACGAACUUUGUUCCGCAUUGAAAGUUUAUCGUCUGGAGUGAGUGGCGCAUGCGUGUCUGAUCCACGCGCCUCAGGCUGUGUCGCUCGAUUCUAUCAUGUGAAUACAGUAGGAACUUCACUCUGGAACUGCCUCGCACCCAGACGCUCUCUCUCGAUGAAAUUUUCGCCUCUCGUUUUUCUAUUUCCCAUUGUCCCUUGCGCUUCGUCAACAGUCACUCGCGUUUCGCACUCACCUCUGUGCGAAAAACGAAGCACCUGAGGAGGAGCCAGACUCUGGAACGAAACUCAUUCCGGAAUGAAAGUCAGUCCGUUAUCAUAUAAACAGUCCCUUAGAGAGUCAACAAAAAGGAGUAAAGAAGGCAUGCAGAGUUGCCUGUAGAUCAAAGAGGUUUUUUUCUUCAAUCCUCACAAUGCCUUUGACCUGUGAUAUACGGUAUCAAGGAUGAGGAAAAUAGAGGGAAAAACCCAAGCGACACCUGUAUGGGUGAAAAUAUUGCUUUCCUGUCCUAAACACCCUCCUAAAUCGCUCCUAAUUAAGACGAAAAUUUGCGAUUUACACCCGUACUAAGGCAGACGUCAAGCAUUCACGUCUCUUUCAUAUGAGAGUCCAGAAGAAAGAUGAUGUUAAUUACAGCUGUAAUUAAUGUCAUGAUGAAUUUCAAUUAAAUUAUAUUACUGGCUGGAGUCAAUAAAACGCCGACUCGGUGUUGGGGCCUUCUCGAAAAUCCGGGUAACUUUCGGGCCCGAAGCCAAUAUCCAAAGACUAAGAGAGCUAUUCUUUAAUCUUAGGUCUAACAAAUUAUUCCAUUUUGUUUUGUUACACGCCGGUAAGAUAACAGCCCAUUUUACAGUUACAGGUGGAAACGAGGCUGGAGUUGAUCUUGUUUUAAUUCAACCCCUUCUUCUUUAUUAUGUUGCUCUCAUGCUAACUAGUGUUUUUAAGCCAAAUUUGCAUUAGAAAAAGCAGGAGGUUUGUAUCAAAACAAGGUUAACCUCAACCUCACGUUCACUCAUGACAAGGGCCAGGACAAUAAGCCCACAACUGCAAAAUGGCCUAUUGAAACCACGAGUCUCCAGAUUUUUUUUUCGAAACAAUACCCUCAUACAUAUUAUAUUCGGAAGACAAACCAAAAAAGGAAAAAAAUACCGGUGAAUACCGAAAUGGCUGUGAAAUGAAGCUUUUAAUCGAUGAGAAAUCAACUGAAUCGAGACUAGACACUAUUCUUAGAAGUUCAGUGGAAGUUGCCAUCACGUUCCAUUCACUCCUAUUGCUGACGACAGCUGUGUACUAGUCCGGGCUUGUUUGCUAUCAGUCACUGGGAAAAAUGGAGGAUUUAAAACCGAUUUGUGAAGUUGAACAAAGUUCUUUCUGUGUGGAAUUACUCAAGCGACUCAACUUGCAACGAGGUCAGAAUUAUUUGUGCGACAUAACCUUGGUGGCGAACGGAGGGAAAGAAUUCAAGGCCCACAGAAAUCUGCUCUCGGCGGCGAGUCCGUUCUUCGAGAAACUUCUUCAGAGCGAGAUGAAAGAAAAAGAAGAAGGUGUUAUUAGGUUCGAAGACAUCUCAGAGUUGAUUCUCGCGGAUAUUUUGGAGUUCAUCUACACAGGAAGUGUCGAGAUAAAUGAAACAAACGCCACUGAUCUGAUUAUUGUUGCGGAAUAUUUACUCAUUGAAGGUUUAAAAACCAAAUCAGGGCGUUUUCUUGAGCAACAGCAAAUGACUUGCUCAAAUUGUAUUUCAACCCUUAACUUCGCGGAGAAGUAUCGAUGUGAAGAAUUAGUUAUUAACAGUACAAAGUUCAUGCUCGAAAACUUCGCCUCCGUAGCAGAAUCCGAGGAAUUCUUAAGCCUGAAAGCGGAAGACGUUGAGACGUGGAUUUCAAAUGACGAGAUUCGUUUAUCAGCUGAAGAAGACGUCCUCAAAAUAAUACUGAAUUGGAUCGAGCACGACAAAAGCGAGCGAAAAGAUAAGUUCAAAAAGCUUUUUGGACAAGUUCGACUAGUUUUGCUAUCGCGUGACUCUUUGCUAACUCUCGUUACGCACGAACUGGUUCGGAAAGACCCUGAUUGUUUGACGAAAGUAUUGGAAGCCAUAGAUGUAAUUCCUACCGCUAGCGAGGAUAUCAUUAAUCAGUCACCAAGAAAAAGACUUGAGACACAAGCCAUUGUAGUCGGCGGAGGAGAGUACCUUCUCUGUUACCUUCCACUGCUUCCAGAGAAAGACGCCUGGAAAACUAUGUCCAAUUUCACAAAGCCACAACAAAACCUAAGCCAAUACACAAAGAUGAUAAACUUUCAUGAUCAGUUAUAUACCUUUAAUGGCUGCAGCACUCAAAGAUAUGACCCUGUUUUUAACAUUUGGGCGACUUUGGAGCUGGGUAUUUCCCACCGUACAGAAUAUCUGGAUUGCCGAGGGCAACUCUAUGCCAUACACAUUGAUGAUAGUGAAACUACCGGUAAAACAUCCACUGUGAAAAAAUUCGAUGUGGAAUCGUACUCAUGGCUGUCUUUUCACUCUUCUGAAUCGGGCUGCCGGUAUGACUCUUGUAUUGUUGCAGCUGGUAACUGUCUUUAUGUUUUAGGAGGAGAACCAACGAGAAAUUAUUCACACCCAGAGUAUGUUACAGUGGCUGAAAGAUUCGACACUGUUGGGCAUCAGUGGGAGAAAAUUGCAGACAUGCAACAGGAAAGAGGCGAAGCAUUUGGUGUGGCUUUUCAAGGCAAAAUUUUCGUCGCAGGAGGGAAAGACAGAAGCCGGAAGGAACUUAAUAGUUGUGAGGUGUACAAUAUCACUACCGAUGAGUGGCAGUUCAUUGGAAGCUUGAAUGUUCCCCGUUCACACGGAAGCAUGCUGUGUGUGAAUGGAACAAUUUAUGUGCUAGGUGGUUCACGGCCUAGAUACGCAAAUGCAUACACAGUAGAAGUCUAUGAUCCAGUGGGGAACAAGUGGACCCAGAAGACCACCAUACCAGUGGAAAGAAUCCCUGAAAAAGAAAGGUCGUCAUUUACAGGCUGUGCAAUGAAACUCUCAAAAGGAGUACUUGAUAAAAUUGAAUAA